AGUGCUUAUCUACAUAUUAUGCAAUAUUCCGAUGUCCUUGUGUACGCCUGUACAAGAAACACAGACUGUAUUUAUAUUAUAGAUUGCGAUUUUGUUUGAAACGAGGUUCAUUAUAUUUGUAUAAUGAUUUUCUUUAAUUUGUUGACAUAAAUAUAAAACAGCACCAUGAAAAUAAUACUUAUAAUAUUCGUGGUCCUUGUUACACAUGCUUAUGGUUCCAUUCAUCAUAAUCUCAAAUAUUUUGAAACAAUACAUGCGUCUAGCUUUACGCACCACAUGGUAAAACGUGGUGCCAAAAUAUCCAAUCACCCAUUUAACACUAUCAAGGAGUUAAACUUUAAGACAUUGGGCAGAGAUUUCAGGCUGAUUCUGCACCCGCACUCGUCUGUACUGCAUUCUAAUUUCAAAGCAUAUGCUGUUGAUGGUGAUGGGAAGGAAACAACUGUACAUGUUGAUCGUGACAAUUUUUACACUGGUAGAGUGUUUGGUGAGUCUGCCUCAGAUGUGAAAUUGCACUUAGAAGAUGGUGUUAUCACAGGCAUUAUACAUACCCCUGAUGAAACAUAUCACAUUGAGCCCUCAUGGCGACACAUUCCGCAUCUCGGCGAUAAGACAAUGAUCACGUAUAAAUCGUCAGAUAUAAAAUUGAUUUGGGGAAAUGAUGGUGCAACAGAUAAGCCGAGAGUUUGUGGAUAUGUCAAAGAAGGAAAAGAACGAGAAGAUCAACACGAUGAAGACAAUAUCAACGUAGAAGCCAAACAUGAACAGUUUGAAAAAGACAAAUAUCUUGAAGAAUCCCAACAUAAUUACGAAUCGGUAUUAGAUCAGUCAAAAAAAGAUAAUAGCUCUCAGACAAAUGGAAAGGGCGGACGAGUGAAAAGACAGAGCGAUUAUGAAUAUACACCGACAAAAACUAGAUGUCCUUUGCUAUUGGUAGCAGAUUACAGAUUUUUUCAGGAAAUGGGAGCUAGUAAUACUAAAACAACCAUAAGUUAUUUGAUAAGCCUAAUAGAUCGUGUUCACAAGAUAUACAAUGACACGGUUUGGCAAGAUCGUCAGGAUAUGGAUGGUUUCAAAGGAAUGGGAUUUGUGAUCAAAAAGAUCUUAGUGCAUUCAGAACCAACACGCGUGAGAGGCGGUGAAGCACAUUACAACAUGGUCCGCGAAAAAUGGGAUGUUCGCAAUCUACUCGAGGUAUUCAGUCGUGAGUACUCGCAUAAAGAUUUCUGCCUAGCACAUUUGUUUACCGAUCUCAAAUUUGAGGGAGGUAUACUGGGACUGGCGUACGUUGGAUCACCGAGACGGAACUCUGUUGGUGGUAUAUGCACUCCUGAAUAUUUCAAAAACGGAUAUACUCUGUACCUGAACUCCGGGUUAUCAUCCUCAAGAAACCACUACGGGCAACGGGUGAUCACCCGCGAAGCUGACCUAGUGACAGCACAUGAAUUUGGACAUAAUUGGGGCUCAGAACAUGACCCUGAUGUAGCCGAAUGUUCGCCCGCUGCGAGUCAAGGCGGAUCGUAUCUUAUGUAUACUUAUAGCGUCAGUGGAUAUGAUGUUAAUAAUAAGCGAUUCUCCCCGUGCUCUCUGCGAUCCAUCCGCAAGGUGCUGCAGGCGAAGUCAGGCCGCUGCUUCUCUGAGCCCGAAGAGAGCUUCUGCGGGAACUUGCGCGUCGAAGGCGGGGAAGAAUGCGACGCGGGAUUACUUGGUACGGAGGACAACGACAUGUGUUGCGACAAGAACUGUAAGCUGCGCCGGUCGCAAGGCGCUGUAUGCAGCGACAAAAAUUCGCCGUGCUGCGCGGGCUGCGUCUUCGCGCCGCCGGGCGUCGUUUGCCGCGAAGCUGCGCAUUCUGCUUGCGAGGGGGAGGCUACUUGUAAUGGUGCUUCCGCAGACUGUCCUAAGGCGCCGGCGAUCGCGGACGAACACGAGUGCGCGGAGAGAGGCCGGUGCCGCAACGGGACUUGCGUACCUUACUGCGAGACGCAGGGCAUGCAUAGCUGCAUGUGCGACAUUGUUGCGGACGCGUGCAAGCGAUGUUGUCGAAAGAGUUUAAAUAAGACGUGCUUCCCUGUGGCUCACAACGACAUUCUGCCCGACGGCACGCCCUGCAUUCAAGGGUUUUGUAAUAAGGGUGUAUGCGAGAAGACAAUACAAGAUGUAGUGGAACGAUUCUGGGAUAUAAUAGAGGACAUCAACAUAAAUAACGUAUUAGGUUUCUUGCGAGAUAACAUCGUUGGCGUAGUCGUGCUUGUCACCGCGUUUAUCUGGAUCCCUGCUAGUUGUGUGAUAAGUUACGUCGACAGACGUCGGCAACGCCAUCAUCAGAAAUACCUCGAAUGGGAGAAUCAGCGCGACCUCGUCCAUCCCUCUUCGCCACGCAAAAUUAUAGAGACACGACUUCCUAAACAGAAACCGCCAGGCAUGAAAACGACAGCACAGGGCACAAGUCAGAUUUAAAAUAAUAUUUUUCUUAUUUUAUUGACUCAUUAUUGUUUAACAUAGUUUUUAUAAGAUCUGGAACAAAGAUAAUAAAC